CUACACUGAAAAAGAAUGGCUAUAGGUAACCACUCCCUAUUGAAUGAGUUCAUCCUCAUAGGACUGACAGACCAGCCUGAGCUCCAGUUGCCCUUAUUCCUCCUGCUUCUGGGUAUCUACAUAGUCGCUGUGCUUGGAAACCUGGGCAUGAUCAUACUAAUUAGACUCAGUUCUCAUCUUCACACCCCCAUGUACUAUUUCCUCUGCAGUUUGUCCUUCAUUGAUCUCUUUCAAUCAACUAUCAUCACCCCCAAAAUGCUGGUGAACUUUGUGUCAGAGAAGAAUACUAUCUCCUACCUUGAGUGUAUGACUCAGUUCUAUUUUUUUGCCUUUUUUGGAGUUUCUGAAUGUUACAUGCUAGCUGUCAUGGCGUAUGACCGCUAUGUCGCCAUAUGCCAUCCCCUUCUUUAUAGUCUUAUGAUGUCCCAUCAGAUGUGCUCCUGGUUGGUGGGUGGGGUGUAUGCAUUGGGCCUGGUGGAGGCCACAGCUGACAUAGUAUGCUUGUGUAAAGUGCUCUUCUGUAAGGAAAAUACUAUCAAUCAUUACUUCUGUGAUCUCCUCCCACUCUUGAAGCUCUCUUGUUCUAGUACCUAUGUCAAUGAAGUGGUAAUUAUGUCAUUUGGUGCAUUUAAUGUCUUUUUCCCUAUCCUGAUCAUUAUUUGCUCUUAUGUUUUCAUCAUUGCCAGUAUCUUACAAAUUCAGUCCACUGAAGGGAGAUCAAAAGCCUUCAGCACCUGCAGCUCCCAUAUUGUAGCAGUUGGUGUCUUCUUUGGCUCUUGUGCAUUCAUGUACCUGCAGCCAUCUUCAUCUAGCUCCAUGGAUCAGGGGAAAGUGUCUUCUGUCUUCUACACUAUCAUAGUGCCCAUGCUAAACCCCUUCAUCUACAGUCUGAGAAAUAAGGAUGUCAAAAUUGCCUUCAACAAAGUGAUAGAAAGAAAAACAUUCUAA